GUCUCUGGGAGAGGAGGGGGACCCAUCGCCGUCCGGGUCACGGGGAACGCCGUGCCGGGAGUCGGCGGGGGUGGCAGAGGGCGGGCGCCUGGAGUGCCCGACGUGUGGGCGUGCCUUCAAGUCCCGCCUGUGGCUGGAGAAGCACCGGGCGUCCCACGGCCGGGCUUACCCGUGCGCCGACUGCGGCAAGAGCUUCGGGCAGCGGCACGGGCUGCGGGCCCACCGGCUGGUGCACACGGGCGAGCGGCCCCACCGCUGCCCACCGUGCGGCCUGGCCUUCGGGCGCCCCUCCGAGCUGGCGCGCCACCGGUGCCGGGCCCACGGCGCGGUCGGCGCCCCCUCCAGGUCCGGGUCACCGCCGCGGUGCCCGGAGUGCGGGCGCGGCUUCGCCUACCCCUCGGAGCUGGCCGCCCACCGGCGGGCGCACUCGGGCGAACGCCCCUUCGCCUGCGGCGAGUGCGGCAAGUCCUUUGCCAGCUCCUCGCACCUGCUGACCCACGGGCGGGUGCACACCGAGGAGCGGGCACACGGCUGCGCCCAGUGCGGCAAGAGGUUCAAGAGCGCGGGCGAGCUGCGGGUGCACGGGCGGGUGCACACCGGCGAGCGCCCCUUCGCCUGCCCGCUGUGCGGCAAGCGCUUCGGCCAGUCCUCCAAGCUGCAGCGGCACCAGCGGGUGCACACCGGCGAGCGGCCCUACGUGUGCCCGGACUGCGGGCGCGGUUUCGGCGAGUCUGCCCACCUCCUGGCGCACCGGCUCCUCCACACCGGCGAGCGGCCCUUCGUCUGCCCGCUCUGCGGCAAGGGCUUCACCGUCGCCUCCAGCCUCCUGGCGCACCGGCGCCUGCACACCGGCGAGCGCCCGCACGCGUGCCCGGACUGCGGCAAGCGCUUCGCCGGCGCCGACUGCCUCCUGGCUCACCGCCGGGUCCACACCGGCGAGCGGCCCUUCCCCUGCCCGCUGUGCGGCAAACGCUUCACCGUCUCCUCCAACCUGCGGCGGCACCAGCGGGUCCACACCGGCGAGCGGCCCUUCCCCUGCCAGGUCUGCGGGCGCCGCUUCAGUCAGAGCUCCCACCUACUCAAGCACCAACGCAUCCACCCCUAGGUGGUGUCGGCUCUCCCACACCAACUCCCCCUCCCCCUCCGUCUC